GACAAUCCGCCAGAGCUCAAGCGGAAGAACCUGAUCGAUUUUGCGCAGUCCGUCCGAGUGCGCGGCGAGAAGGCGUACAAGAGCAAAACGGAGGCGGACGUCCCGAUGACCCACGCGGCCUUCCUCAUCUGGGCGGUUCAGGUGCAGGGCUUUUCGAGUGAGGAGGCUGACGAUUGGUGGCAAGAGCUGAAGAACGACCGCAACAUCGACAGGGAUAGCAAUGGUCCUCGCGGGCGGUUUCAAUUAUACACCCCCAGCGUGGAGAGGCGCAAAGUGCGAGGCCGUGAACAAUACGAAGACAACCAAGCUGUCGAAGGCAACAAGAAGAACAAGAAGCCGCCAGAGGAGUACCGCGCCAUGCUGGAACGACACGUUCUUCGGCAAGACGUGUCUUUCGCUGACGGCUUCUUGUCGAUGAGUUCGAAGGACGCAAUCGUUGGCAAGAAGCGGCAGGUGGACGAGGAGGCCAUCGGCGUCGACGAGGGUGACGGCAACAAGCGGGGCAGGACUAGCAAGAGAACGGCCGCUUCCGAUGCCGCGGGCUGCGAGGAUAUUUCAUCGGCCAAGACGAAGGCUUUCGCGAAGUAUGAGAAGGAGGUCGGAGUCGCUUCUGCCAAGCUCUUGGAUGCCACGAAGAAGGGUAAGUCGGUGGCUUCGACGCUGCUGGAGCACCCGAGUCACCUGCGGGCCUCUGACCGCGUGCUGCUGGAACACGCUCGGGUGCUGCAGUUCAAGCACGAGGCUCGCUGGUUCGCUCGUGGCCUGAUCGAGGUCGCGCGACCCCUUUCGGGUGCGGACGUGGGCCUGAGCAUCGCCAAGUGGAGUUCUCGUGGAUCUGGCGAUGCGGCCAGCGCGAGCCGCGUGAGCGAGGCCGAGCUUUCGACGGAGAGGGUGGCCGAGAUACAGGGCAUGUCAACGCGCGACUUCCUGCAGGCGGAGGAAUUCCAGAGGUUCGCGUUCUGGUCGCCGGACCAGCUGCAGGAGUUCCAGCAGUGCGAUUUGCUCGACUCGCCCAUGGACGAGCUGGAUUUGGCUAGCCUCUUCGAGAUGUCGGGGCCAGCCUUCCGCGAGUACACGUCGAAGGUCGAGGCGGUGCUAGCUGUCGCCAGGAUGACCGCAGCAGGCAUUGCCAAGACGGCAGCGGAGAUGGCAGCCCACAUCAGGGCAAAUGGCGGCCCCGACACCGGUCGACGCCCCGCGAUCUUCACGGCGGAGCACGUGCUCGCGGAGAUGGUGGAGGUGGUGAAGUGGACGGGCCAGUUCGACGUGGACACGCCUUCCGCGCUCGAGCUUCCAGACGCCGUGCAGAGGGCCUUGGCCGACGCGGACUUCUUGCAGACAUCCGCCGUGUUUGCAGCGCAAUACAAGAGGAUCGAGUCGGUGGCCAGCACGGGCAUCGGGCAGUCCCAGCUUACCGACAAGUGCAGGCAGGCCGUCUCGGACGCCAUGGUGUCUAUGGCUCCCCAGGGCGCGAAGCUUGAUCUAUCCGUGGCGUCUAUUCCAGGUGGCGACCAGUUCGAGGCGCAGUCGUGGCUCUUCGGAUUGUCGCCGCAGAUGCGUCGGGUGGUCCUCACGCCGAACUACGCGGCGUGCUUCAAGGUGUUGCUGGCGGGGCAGUGCGAUCACCUCCUGAUCGAGCUCGAUUCCAUGCUGAAGGCGGUUCCAGAAGUGUGCCCAGGCGUGGCUGCGGCGCAGGAGUUGACGGAGUCGGUCAGCAAGCUCACCAACAUCAGGCCCCUCGUCGACGCGGGGGUGAGGAUGUGGCGGCAGACGUUGCAGCCUGGAGCGGCGUUGUACAUCCCCAUGGGUUUCAUUUGCGUGGAGGUGGCUUCGGAGCAGCGGCAGGUCCACUACGGCGUGAGGAAGAGUUGGUUCACGCACACCGCGGCGAGCAUCAAGCACUACGAGCAGAUCUUGGGCAUGAUGAAGAUCGAUCCUGCAGGAGACGGCCGCAUGGAGAACAUCCUCAGGGCCAUGAGGGGCGCUGCUGCAGCAGCCAGGUCGGCGGCGCCCGAGCCGCUGACGCCUGUGAAGAAGGAGCAGUGGGACGUUAUGUCCGCCAAGCUCGGCGAGCUUGUCGACUUGACGGCCGCGGAGCCCAUCUCCGUUGCCGACGACUACUUGCGAUGA